AUGGGUGCAGUGUCUCGCCUCAUCUGCUCUGCGAUUGCGAAUGAUUGGGCAAACGACAUCGCUACUGCUCAGUCAAUCGGUAUAGAUGGUUUUGCCCUGAAUGUUGCCAGUCCCAGUGAUUACGAACCUGACCGCAUCGAAAACGCGUAUGCGGCAGCGGAGGCCGCGGGAUUUAAGCUCUUCUACUCUUUUGAUAUGGUCUCUGUCAGUGGAGCAUGGUCAUCAGACACUAUUGCCGCCCAAAUUGAAAAGUACGCGACGUCUUCAAGCACAUUCCUAUGGAAUAACGCCGUGCUCGUCUCCACUUGUGCUGGCCAGGACAACGGAAAUGACUUUUGGGCGUCUGUAAAGUCUACGCUUUCUGGCCAAGGAAUUGACAUUUCUUUCGCGCCCGCCUUGACUUCUUACCGGGACCCAUCUCAGGCAGAGACGAUGCUGUCUACCUUCACGUCAGUGGACGGCUUCACUAACUGGUGGUCCUGGCCCAACGAUGUCAAUGAAACGCUCACCGUAGACACCGAUCUUACAAGUCCGCGGUCAAGGGAAGUCGAACUGGUCCCUACAUCAUGUCUGUAUCACCAUGGCAAUUCAAAGAUAUCAGUGACCAGAACUGGGUUGAGCAAAGCGAUACUCUGUGGAAUUACCGAUGGCAGCAGGCCAUUAAUGGCGUGCAGCCCUGAUAUCGUCGAAAUCGUGACCUGGAAUGACUACGCAGAAUCUCAUUAUACCGGCGACAUCAAUCCUAACGUUGCGCUAUACGAUGCUGCCUCCUAUGUUACUGGCAUUGAUCAUGCCGCAUGGAGAAUUGUAGCUCAAUACUACAUCAGCUACUUCAAGAGCGGCUCCGCUCCUACCAUCACCGAGGACCAAGUCGUUUUCUGGUAUCGCGUCCAUCCCCGCGAAGCGACAUGCUCCGGAGGGACCCAGCCUCGCAUGUACAAUUUCCCUGCGGAUGCGGUGUUCGCUUUGGCGAUGCUCGCCGAGGAUGAAACCGUUGCUGUCGACAUAGGCAGCACCAGCCAUACCGAGUUCGCCGCUAAAGGAGGCGAGCUCACGAUGGGGGUCGCGUAUUUCCCAUUUGAAGAUAAUCAGACUCCUGCUGUUAGUCUCGUUCGCAACGGUGCUACCGUGAAGUCGACAAAUGGACCGCAGCCCAUCACGACGAAUUGUUCAUACUACAACUUUAACCCUGUAGUGGGUGCUUUGAGUGCCUGA